CCUCACAGCAGACAGCGGCUCCUUCCAGCGCAGCUCUGCAGCUCAGCGAGAGUUCCGUCACAUUUUCCUGAAAAAUAUAAGCAAUGUCCCUAUUUUGUUCAAACGCCAGUGAGGCUGCCUUAAAUUCCUCCGGCCACGGCCCCCAGAAGCCUACAGAGUCGGCCCCAAAUGGAGAAAGGGACAACUCGCCAGAGGACUUGGUCCGGGGGGUCAGGAGUCCAGGCUCUUCCUCUGGUCCGGCGGCCAGCGGGGUGGUGGAGGAUGAAGAAUACGAGCUGAUUCUCUGGGACAGCUGUGCAGGAGCGCCGUCCCAGCAUCCUACCCAAGAUGUGUCAGCAGAUCUGCAGGAGAAGGAAAAGAUCCCAAAGAGGCUGAGGCUCCUGCUGGUGGGGAAAAGUGGAAGUGGGAAAAGCGCCACAGGAAACAGCAUCCUGGGCAGGGAAGCCUUCGAAUCCAAGCUCAGUGCCAGACCCGUGACCAUGACCUUCCAGCAUGACUGCCGAGACUGGGCUGGGAAGGAGCUUGAGGUGACCGACACCCCCGAUAUUCUGUCCUCUCGGGUUUCACAGGAAGGGGCAGCUCAGGGUCCCUGGGCAGCUGUCGCCUGCUGCGCCCCAGGGCCACACGCAGUGCUGCUGGUGACACAGCUGGGCCGCUUCACAAAGGAGGACCAGGAGGUGGUCAGGCGCCUCCAGGAGGUCUUUGGGUUGGGUGUCCUGGCCCGCACCAUCCUGGUAUUCACUCGGAAGGAGGACCUGGGGGGCGGCUCCCUGGAGGAGUAUCUGCGGGACACCGACAACCAGGAGCUCGCAAAACUGGAUGUGGUUUGUGCGAGGCGCCACUGUGGCUUCAACAACAGGGCAGAUAGCGCAGUGCAGGAGGCCCAGCUGAUGGAGCUGAUAAAGACCAUCGAGGUGAUCUUGUGGGAACACGAAGGCCGUCCUUACAGCAAGGAGGCUUACCCGAUGCUGCCAGCUGCACCUCCUGUGCACAGAAAGGCAGGGAGGGCAGAGGGUUCAGACCGAGGCUCCGAGGGAGCAGCCACUGCAGAGUCCUGGCUGGGCUGGCUGUACAGAAUCCAGGGCAACUGAGAAAACCCACAGACAUCUCCUAAAGGGGCACCGUCUGACUGUGUGCUGACUCCAGUGGGAACAGGCAUUUCCUGGGAGUCUCCCCAACCCUUUGUCCACCUCACAGCCUGUCGCCUCUCUUUGCAUCCCAUGGCUCCCAGACCCCUUGGGUCUCCAGGGCAGAGUCUGCUGAGUCCCAGCUCCCAUCCCGGUCCUUCAUCUCGCUCUCGGAGCCCAUGUGCGCCCUCCCUGCUCCCCUGCAGCCCGCUGUCUCACACGGACCGCACAGAACGAUGGCAUCACAUUUGUUGAAGUUCUUCUCUCUCCUCGAGUGAACCAAAGCUCCAUGAGGGCAGGGCCUCCUCACUCUUCCAUGUCACCCCCACUGCAUUCUGGUCACUGGAGUGACUCCUUACCAAUGACAGCAAAUCAGUGUGUGCCAUUGACCAGGUGACUGUCCAGUCUUGGUCUGUGUCCUCACCCACAGAGGGGGCAGCAUAACGACUCUAAGGCACCUGAGUGUGUGGUGGGUCAGGACAGAGCUGUGGCUUUGCAGCAUGUGGGGAGGGGCAGUUGCUGGGUGGAGCAGGAGGAGCCAGGGGAGAGACCUGGUCCAAGGGGCAGCUCUUUCACUCACCCCUGAAGGCGGCCAUUGAACCACAGCAAAUGGGCCUUGUGGGGACUGCUGGUGGGAAUGAUGAGCCAAGUGGGGCCAGGGGGUCCAAGGAGCAGGGCCUGGUCAGGGUGGUGGCCCAAGACCUCCUACAGGACAUGAGGCCCCAGGAGGUGUCAAGGGGGCUUGGGCAGAGGAGGAGCCUUCCCUGAAGCAGACUAGAUUAGGGAUGCUAUGAUUAGGGUCCCCUCUCAUCAUAUCUGCCUCCUGAUGUUAGAAAUUAAAGGUGGUUCUCCACCCUGUCUCAGCCUUACCUGCAGCCCUUCCAUUCUCACUGGACAGUGGGGAGAGAGGGGGCAUGGGGUCAGUGUCUGGGUGUGUAGUGGGGUCCUCUCUGAGGUAUCUGUGGUGUCAGAUAGAGGGGUGCAGGGAAGAAAGGGAAGCUGCAAAGGGAGCAGCUGAGGCUGUGAGCACGGUAGGAAGCACCUGCCUGAUGGGUGGGGAGGACUCUGUGCCCCAUGGGGGGUCUUCCUGGAGAGAAGCUCCUGGGGACAAGGCCACAGGAGGUGAGGUGGACCAGGACCAGAAGACAUCAGGAUGGUGGUCAGCCCUGGCCUGCGACUGGUAAGUGCCGUGUGACCUCACAAAGAGACUGACACUCCUCAGAUGCCCCUCAGCUUCUCCGAGGCUCAGGAUGCUCUCUGGGGAGUCUGACCAAGUGAUGGAAACAGGACAGGUGGGAACGAGGGAACUGCCCCCGACAGACUCCUCUGUCCCUUCUUCACACCAUGUGACAGAGGGUCUCUAGCUGCCUUCUUCAGAGAGGGGUAAAAAAUAGGGUGAGGGGACAGCAUCUGGGGACAGUCAGCAAUCAGAGAGGCAGCCACAGGACUGUCUGGGUGCUCACCUGCCCAUCAGAGAUCCUCUGCUGUCAGGGGCCCCAUCAGGACCCUGGUCUCCCAGUGCAGAGGCCAUGGACUCCCACUGUCUCCAGACA